AUGGAAAUUCACGUGUGGUGCGUAUUAGCUUCAAUAUUUCUGGCGUCGGUGCAUGCAGGGCGCUAUGAUCUUGGCCCGCAAAAAUUCUACGAACCAUCCACUCCUUCGUCACAAACAGAUUCGAAAUAUGAAACCAAAGAAGUUAUUUUAUACUUAACACCCAGCCAAGUUAAAGCACUUGAAGCCCGUGGUGCCGUGGUGAGACCUCAACUUCCAGAAGCUGAGCCUGAAGCUGAAGCUCAGACUGAGGAACCAGAACAGAUCAUUGAAAAUGAACAGGGUGAAGCUGAAACUACUGAAGAACAAUCCAGGUCUCAACUCGAGGAGAUUCUCAAAAUUCUGAACGACCAAAUUGAGGAAGAAGACAAUAGUUCUGAAGCUGAUAACGAGCCUCAAGCAGAAGAAGAGCAAGGCGAAGAACAAGACGAAGAGCAACAGGAGGAAGAGCAAGAUGAACAAGAGGAAGAAGAACAAGAAGAAGGACAGGAACCAGAGCAGGACCAGGAACAAGAACAAGAGCAGCAAGAUGAAGAUGAGGAAGAAGAAGAAGAGGAAGAAGAAGAAAUCACAGAGAGACCGAGAACUAUUCCAGCUAGAUUUAGACCCGCUAAAAAGCAACGUGAAGAUAGAUAUCUUGCUCCUUCUGUCAGAAAACAAAAUAAGAAGGCGAAGGCUAACGCUGCUCCUCGUAUUCCAGCAUCGGAACAGUCUCAAAAAACAAAGCCACGUAACCAAACCAAGAAAACUGAAAAGAAGAAGGAAGAAGCGAAAACUGAUCUUGAAGCAUUAUUACAGAAGAAGUUUAGAUUAGUUCCUUUGGACGAUGACAAUAUUUCAGUGCCCGCCAUCACUCCUGUAGAGGAACCGUCUCAAGAGCCCGCCCAGGGAGCUGCCCAAGAACCCGCACAGGAAACUCCUCAGACGCUCGCUCAGGAGGUCGCCCAAGAAGAACAACAAGCCGAAACUGAAGAAGAGAUCGCGCAAGAGAAACUUGCAGAGCUCUUAACUCCACUCCUCAAUAGCGAUAAAGUUGUGCAAUCCAUCACCCAACAAAGGAGCAAGCUUUUGCAACGUGAACUACAACUCCAGACAGCUUUGCGUGAAUUGAAGGAAGCUCCAAAACAUAACGAUCAGAAAUACGCCAUCGAACUUGAGAAAUUGAAAGCAAAUUUGGAAAAACAAAAUGCCUUGGCCAGGGCCGAGGUACUCGCUAAAACAAAUCCUUUAUUGGUGAAAGAAGAGCUACGCGCCAAGAAACGUCGUCCUGUCUCCGCUAAGCUAGUUAAUGUAUCAACACUGACAAAGUUACGCAGCUCUGAGGCUGCUCAAAAGAAGGGAGCUAAACCUUUCGUUAUUCCAUUACAGUUCACUAAAGCAGCCCCAACUCCAGUUGUGAAAACAGAUAGACCUGCACCCAGAGAAUCUGAAAAACGCAUACCUGUAACUAUCUCUAAGUCUACCGUUAAGGGUAACAAACCAUAUUUAGUGGAGCGCAUCGUUCCUAUUGAAAUCAAAAGGGAGACUCCAGCUGGCGCUCCUUUCCGCAGGCCUGAAAGAUUGACUGUUCUACGACACGUGUGGGAGCAUUAG